AUGAACGGAACAGAGAAAGAAAUGCAGUUAGAUGCUGCUAAACCAGCCGAAUCUUCUUUGGCUUCUAAUAGUUCAGACAGUUGUUUACCGAGAUACAGCGAUAAUUUUUAUCUAAACGAUUUGGAGAAAGGUUGUUUAUGUUUACGUCCGAUCUUGGCUCCGGAAUACUCUGAACAGAAUCAUGAAGAAGAUUCCAUGCUUAAUUCUGUUAGUGUAAGUACUAAAGAAUUGUUCAAAUCAACAAAUAAAUAUAUGUUGUCGGCAUUAUGGUUGUUUAUCUGUCCAGCAAAGAUGGCUAGGAUCCCACAGGCUGCUGAAAGAAAGGAAAAAUCAAUUUCUUCGACUGGUUUGGUUUUUUUUUUUGGUUCUAUCACAGGCAUUUCCUAG